AUGGGCGCAUUCGAAUUAGCUUCACUACUUUUUCUUAUUUCUACUUCAUGCAGUAAUGGCUUACCCCGCUUUGCCAAUUAUAUUCAAGAUCAUAUGGUACUGCAAAGAGCUCCACAGACUGCUGUUAUUUGGGGGUUUGGUGGAUCAGCUAAAUUAACAACGCUUCAUAUGAAUAAUAAAAUAUAUUCAACCAUUAGCCGAACAGAACGAGCAAAUGAUUUAGGUGAAAGUAUUUGGUCGAUAACACUAGAGCCAAUUUCUGAUGAAGGCCCCUAUGAUAUUCAUGUCAUGCAAUCAUUAGCUAAUAAUACAGUUUACACCAUGACACUUCAUGAUGUAUUAUUUGGUGAUGUAUGGAUAUGUUCAGGGCAAUCAAAUAUGCAAAUGGCAGUAAUAGAUAUUUUUAAUGCAACAGAAGAAAUUAAUAAUGCUGGAAAAUAUCCUAAAAUUCGAAUAUUUACUGCUGCAUUGAGAGCAUCCGACAUGCCUAUAGAAGAAUUAAUCGAUAUUGUUGAAAAUUGGUCUGUUGCAUCACCUCAAAGUGUCGGUGGGCCAUCUUUUCAUUAUAUGUCAGCUGUAUGUUGGCUUUAUGGUCGUAUGAUUCAUGAAGCAUUAGGUGGUCGACCUAUUGGACUUAUAGCAACUAGCUGGGGUGGUACAUUUAUUGAAUAUUGGAUGCCUCCAUCAGCGUUACAUGAGUGUGGUAUUUCACUAAAUGCGGUGGCGCCAUUACAACUUCAAGAUCAACAUCUCGACGCGUUAUCACCUAAUAAUACUAAAUUAUUCAAUUCUAUGAUAUAUCCAUUUAUGCGUAUAGUCAUUUACGGUGUUAUUUGGUAUCAAGGUGAAUCCAAUAUUCUCUAUAAUCCGGAUAAAUAUGCUUGUACAUUUGCAAAAUUGAUUCAAUACUGGAGACAAAUAUGGAAUGAACGUACAAAUGGCUUAACAGAUCUACAAUUUCCAUUUGGUUUUGUGCAAAUAUCAACAUGGUCGAAUACAAGUACAACAGUUGGUCUCUUUCCAGUAAUUCGAUGGCAUCAAACAUUUGAUAUUGGCUAUGUACCAAAUAAUGUCGUGCCUAAAGUAUUUAUGGCUGUUUCAUUAGACUUACGCGACGAUCCGAAUGGUAUCCAUCCCCGAACUAAACAUGAUGUAGGCUACCGACUAUCACGUUCAGGUCUUGCUAUUGCUUAUAAUCAAUCAGUCGAAUUUCAAGGUCCUAUUGUAUCAAAUGUAGAUUAUUCUACAGGUAGUAAAAAUGUUAAUAUCACUUAUACUGGCGUAAAAAAUAUUGAUUUACGAAAUCCAAAUGGAUUCGAAGUUUGUUGUCAAAGUUCUAAAUGUAUAAAUGAUACAUUAUGGGUACCAGCAACUAUAUCCAGUAAAAUUAAUUUAACUAUUACAUUAACUAUAUCAAGUUCGUGUGUUGGACAACAACUAUUUGGUCUUCGCUAUUUAUGGCGGGAAACACCGUGUCCAUUUAAACAAGCAGCACUUUAUAGUUAUGACGACCCCAAUUUACCUUCUCCACCUUACAUUAAAUAUUUCUAA